GAUCCGCAGCUAUUUAUUCCGAGCCGGUCCUACAAGCCUAGCUGUGCACAAGCGAGCGGCGCCCAGCCAGCCGCAGUCAAACUCCGACUCAAGCUGCACACAGCUCUGCCCUCCCUUGCCCUUACUUUACGCUGACCCUCAUGCCACGAGCCAUGGCGUCCUCUGCUGCAGCUGCACGCUCGUCGCAGCGGCGGGCUGCUUGGGCUCCCGCAUUUUUCGCCGCGCUGCUGCUCGUGCUUGCGCUGACCGCGCAGCCGGCGUGUGCUGCGGGCCGCGGCAUCAGCACCGCCGCUCCACAGCUGCAGCGCGGCGGUGGUGGUCGCGCUCUGCGCCAGCAGCAGUCGGCAAACCAGGACCCUGCACAGCAAAUCGCCGCAGCGGUGGUUCCCGCCGCCACACAGGCUGCUGUGGGCACAGUCAAUGCCGUGCUGUCCUCUGACGCAGUCCAGCAGCAGCUGCAGCAACAGCAACAUCCACAACAUCAGCAAACUUACUACGAGCAGCCAAGGCAGCAGCAGCAGCCGCAGCAAGCCACAUACUACGGCCAGCAGCAAACCAUUACGGCCGCAAACACUGGAGCGCAGGGGCAGCUGCCGUACCAGCAGCAGCCGCAACAGCAGCAGCCCGCGUCUCUGUCCCAGGCGCCAACGCAGCAGGCUGCUGUGACUUCCGGUCAGCAACCCACUAACACUGCUGUUCCAAGCACCCAACAGCAACAGCAGCAAGGCGGCACAUCAGGCGACAUCCUGACCCUGCACAACCAGUACCGUGCCGUCCACCACUCGCCGCCGCUGCAGUGGUCCUCCUCCCUGCAGUCCACCGCGCAGGCCUGGGCCAACAACCUGGCGGCGGCCUGCCAGCAGCUCGAGCACUCCCACACGCAGGGCGUCGGCGAGAACCUGGCCGCAGGUUACGAAAGCUGGACGGCAGUGGCUGCGGCUUGGUACGAUGAGAUCCACUCGUACGACUACCGCUCCGGCUCCUACAGCUCCAGCACCGGCCACGCCACCCAGAUGCUGUGGGCCACCUCCCAGCAGCUGGGCUGCGCCACCGCCAGCAGCGCGCAGGGGUGCUGGCAGCGCACCGUGUAUGUGUGCCAGUACAGCCCGCCAGGCAACGUCAUGGGCCAGUUCCAGCAGAACGUGGCUGCGCCGUGAAGCAUGAGUUAGGAACCAAACAGGCGCAUGUCGUAUGUGGCCUCACCUGAGACGAAACAGCAGCUUACCGUUGAGCGAGCGAGAUGCUGCUAGCUGAUGACCGUGGCAUGGACUGAAGCAGUGCGACGUGUGUGACGUGCCCGCACUGAAUAAUAUGGACGAAGAUCUGCGUGACAUGCAUAAAGAUAGCACUGGAUAACCUGGCCCUGGUGAUGAAUUGACGUGCCAGCGUUGGGACCGACUGAGGAUGCUUGACGUACGACUGUGUGAAGGGUUCACCUUAUCCUCCAUGCAGGGGAAGGGUAGAUUGUGAAAGUUUCAGGCAGGAGGUUUUCUUGCAUGGCGUCAUUGACGUGUAUGCGGCAUACUUCCUUGGUGUGCAUAUGCUCAUCUUAGCUGAUCUUCGGGAGCCGCCGAACCACAGCCUGCACGGCACCAUCCAGCCAACGCUGUGUGCCGCCGCAAUUUGCACGUACACAUGCACGUGCUGGCUGCGUGCUCUUUUUCUCUGUACUAUAAUUGGCGGGUGAGAAGGCGUUAGCGCUGCCUUUGGACACAACCUUCCAGGGGUCAGGCGGUGUGCGCGCUGCGUGCUGUUUCCACGUACGGGUGCGGUACUCCAUAUCACAGGCCUGUGACGCGAUCAUGGACUCCUCUUGUAACACUGUGUUAGG